GAUGGCCAAGGUGCUGACAAAUGAUUAUCACAAAAUUCAGCAUGUUUUCAACAAUGCAAGAAUGACUUUCCGCCUGAGUGAGCCACUCUACGAGGAUGCCAAAAAUGUGAACUUUCGAGAUGCGGUUGAUGUCCUCAUUAACACCGUAAAAGAACAGUUCCCUUUGAGACUAAACUUGUCCUAUAUCACCUCUUUGUCACAAGGGCCACAAGAGACUUGCAGUUCCUUCCUGGCACGUCUGACAGGAGCCUUUGACACUCAUAGUGGCCUCAACCGACCCAAUCCAAUGGGAGCACAGCCCCUGACACCAUAUGAGGUCCAUCUGAAAGAACAUUUUCUGAGCAGAAGGAGACCAGAACUCGUACACAUGGUAAGAAAUGCAUGUGUAACUUGGAAAACAUGCCCACUUGCCGACAUCCUUCAGCACGCAGAACAUGCAGAAGACGGGGCACAAAGAAGAGAUGAUCAGAAGAAAGAGGGCAGACAAAGGAAACUGGAAGAAGCACAGCUGGCAAUGUUUAACACCCGAGCAGAGCCAGCCCAGGAAACCGCCCGUGGCAGAUUUGGGGGAGGAAGGGGCCAGACAAGAGGUCAUACCAGAGGUCAGGGAAGACAAAGAGGUGGGGGCAAGCGCAGAACAAGUAGAGAUUACGACCCAGACGUCUGCCAUUGCUGCGGGAAGCGUGGACACUGGCAAGCUGAUUGUCCAGAGAACACAAGGACAGGGCCUGCAUUCCGCACGUCUGACUGAAAGGAGGGGAGGGAGGGGCGGACCCCAGAGAUGCACAGCCUCUCCACAGGAAAGCAGUUGAUUCAGGAGCUACAAACUCCGUGUUAAGAACAGAUUCCUUGCCAAGUGCCCCCAAAAAGAGUGGCAGGAAGAGUUUUACAGUGGGAGCGAGCGGCGUACCAGUCUUGGAAAGUUGCUCAGUUCCAUUGAAAUGUGAGUUAGAUGACCAAAUGAUAAAACACUCUUUUCUAGUGUCGGAAAACUGCCCAGUAAAUCUGAUGGGGCGAGAUCUAAUGUGCUUUUUUGGCAUUAGGUUAGUUUCAACAGAAGAAGGCAUCAAAGUGUUAAAAAGAGCUGAACUUCCUUUAUUUCAGAUGAUGAACUAUAAUCCAAAUCCACUUCUGUAUGCAUACGAGUGGGAGCUAAUGUUAGACCAUGGAGCUCCGAAAACCCAUGAUCUUAUUUCAUUUGCACGCACACACAGUACUGCAGCAGGAAAUUAUAUGCAGCCAUUACAUUGUACAUCCCAUGUGAGCGUAGGGCCAGAUAGAAUAUACGAGGAAGCAUGGUAUGAUCAACAGGUAGAAACAGAGAGUUUAGACCUGAAGCAUGUUUACUGGUCAGAGGAGGCUGCUGCGGUGUCUGUGUCUCUCUCUCCAUCCCAGGGGAAACUGUUCCUUGGAACCACUCCUCACGUAUCAUUGGCUAAACCGUCACACUGGAAAUGGCAGGAUCUGGGUCCGUGGCUACAACAACGUAUCAACCUCUUGGACUUUAGACCGGCUGCAGAAGAUUCGAGGAUCGAAUUUAGCGCAAUUGGUGAUGUAUUUCGUAUUGCAUUGACCGACACAGUACAUGUACGGAGAACGUUAGAGCUCACAGAAGAACACAUUGAACAUACAAGCUUGUAUCCACUUAUUAUGACAACAGGUCAAAUUCCUGAGUUGUCAAAAGUGCCACCUUCACUGUGGGCUGCACACAAAUACGAUGUGGGGCUCAUAAAAGGCGCAGCACCAUUGGUAGUGAGUCCUAAGUCAGAUUAUAGGCCAUGCCUAAAACAGUAUCCACUUAAAAAAGAAGCCAUCGAUGGUAUAAGACCAGUUUUUGAAUCCCUUUUAAAAGAGAGGCAUCCCUCUCAUCCAUGGUCCAUGGUAGAAACCUUAGUGCACGUGACAAACUGACUUGGACUGAGGAAGCCGAGAAGGCAUUUGAGGAUUUAAAGACUUCCUUAUCGCAGGCCCCGACUUUGGGCUUGCCAAGACCUGACUUACCUUAUACUCAAUUCAUAGACCAAAAAGACUGUUACAUGACAUCUGUUUUGUGUCAGCCGCAUGGAGGAAAACUCAGGCCUGUGGCCUAUUUCUCCUCAAAACAUGACUUUGUUGUCACAGGUCUUCCUCUCUGUUGCAGCAGCUGGAGAAGCCAUGGAUUAACAUCACGGGACAUUGUGGGCUAUUCUGAUGUCACACUUAUAGUCCCGCAUGCAGUUUCCCACAUCUUCCAUGCCAGAAGACUUCUCACCUCUCUGCUCAGAGAUGGUUCAGAUAUCAUGUUGGAAUAGCGUGACAUUACGGUAAAACGCUGCGAUGAACUUAACUCAACUACACUUCUUCCGACUGCAGAUGAUGGAGAGCCUCAUGAUAGUGUCCAGGUAUUGCAACAGACAUGCAUCCCGAGACCUGAUCUGUGGGACACACCUCCUUCCAACGCAGAUUCGAGCUAUCUGUAGCUAUCCAGCUCACCCACAACGGGGCAGCGGUCAGGUUGUAUGUUACAUCACAUCACACACUUGUUGGUGUCAGGCUUACUGCACACCGAUCAGUACAAGCAGCAGAGCUGAUUGCACUCACAGGGGAAUGUAAGGUAGCUAAAAAGGUAAAACUAACAAUUACACAGGUUCACUUCAUGUAUCUGGAACGUACAUGACCUUGGGCCUCUGUGGAAGACACAGAGGAAUUCUAACAACAGUGGCAAACCUAUGCACACCACACGGUGGGUUUCAGCUGUUUCCAGUCGUUAAAUGUGAAGCUCACAUCUCUUCUUUUUUGACCUGUGUCAAUAGUAAACAUAGUGGCAGAUCUGGUGGCAAAGGCGGCAGCCUUAUCAGGCACCCCUUUUCCCCACAUAGACUGAUUCCAGUCCUGAGGCAGAUCUUUCCACAAUUCAUUCUUUGGCCAAUGCCAGGAGCGCUCCCUAUGGAACGCUCUGGUGCCACUCUUUGAGUCGAGGGUUUGACAGCCCAGAUGGCAAGCCUUGUUUGCCACGCGCUCUCUUCCAUACUUCUAGAUUUUCUCAUGGAGGAGACCACGUGGGCAAAGGGGGAAUGUGUAAUGCUCUAAAUGCAAGUUCAUACACCAGAGCAUUUUCAACAUUUGCAAUAAAUAACAACAGCAGGGUCACCACCCUGCAGAUACACUUUUUGAACAGUUAGUAAUGUAUUUUAAAUCUCAACGUUUUUAGGUUUUAACAUCAGGCAUCAUUGUUCUUAUCAUCCUCAAUCAGCUGGUGCGGUUGAACGAGAAAAUGGUACCAUUAAAUCUAAACUGGCGAAAUGUUGUGAAGAGACAGGCCUAUCUUGGGUGAAAGCACUUCCGCUGGUGCUUUUUCACAUGCGCAUGCGAAUCAGGAACAAACAUGGCCUCAGCCCUUUUGAGAUAGUGCUCGGGAGACCCCCUUGCACUGGGCUGGGUCCAGUAAGACACGCUUUGACAACUGAUCAUAAUGAAGACAGCAUGCUAAGAUAUUGUGCUAAUCUCUCAUCCUCACUCUCAGCACUUCACACACAGGUGAAAGCUGCACUUCCCUCACCAGCCACUGCGAUCCAGCAUCACCUGAAACCAGGAGACUGGGUGCUCAUCAAGGAUCACAGGAGAAAGCAUUGGAAGCAGAGACGCUACACGGGUCCCUUCCAAGUACUCCUGACCACAGAGACGGCGGUGAAAGUGGAAGGAAAAGCAACGUGGGUCCACGCUAGCCACUGCAAACGCAUCCCAAACCCAGAGGGAGAAGGAGCAGCUGCUACGGGUCCGGACUAAAGGGGAAAUAGUGAGAAAAGCGAGCGCCUUCCUCCAUCAAGUAGUGUGCCAAGCUACCGACAAGCGCACCAUUAGCAGUGACGUAACCAAGCACCUCACUCAUUUUAUGUGGCUGGGAAGAGAGAGGAGGGGAGCAAGCCCAUAGUUUCUCAAACCGCAAAGCUGUCAUAUAUAUAAAUCAGUGUGGUAGGAGGCGAAAUCAUGUGCGAAGGUGUAGCCACCCAAGAAGCAGCAGCGAUGGAAGAAAGAUCUCCAGCAUCACGACCCCCCUUUAAGAAGCAUGGGUGCAGCCAGAGCAAAAGCAUGCACUCACUCUUUCUAACCACAAUAGCAAUUAUCUUGUUCCUUAUCUAUAAAUUGCAAUCACAUAACAUAGACGGCAAAGAUACUAGCCCUUUCCAUCUCUCCAGGAAGUGGCAGGAAGGAAAAAAAAAAGUUUUCCACUGCCCAGCUGAACAAUGUGAUGCGAACAAUUGUUCACUCUCCUCAAUAGAGAAUGAUACUUGGGUUAAUGUUGAGGACAAUGGUUAAGCAAGCAAUGUAUUUACACAGUAGAUUUAGCAAACUAUAAUCCAUUUUGUAUGUACUUCUUUGAGGUUGAUGAUGUGAUGUUUUGAAAUCUUUGUGAAUCUACACCACGGAUGUAUGCUCUAAGAAUGUUUUAACAUUUUGUUACUAUUUUUUCAGUUAAAUUGUCAAAAAUGACAAAAAGAGGGGAUUGUUGGAGUAGAAAAUGUAUCAACAGCUGUCUCUCCCAUCUGUCUAUGGGGGAUAAUCUAAUCCUGUGUGGGGUCAGGUGAAAAGGUCACAACCAAGAAGGGCGCAUUAAGUCGGAGACUUCUCAUAAGGAGGGUUCAGACUUUGCUCCACUCAGCUGGGUGUUUCCAUGACUUGUUUGAUGUGAUUACUUAUUUGUUCCAUGACUUAUUUGUCUAGUUGAAUCACUUGUCCACUUGUUUGUACCUGGCUCACAUUCUGAUCAUUUGUGAACUUGUUACUAUAUAAUAAAGUGUGAUUCAAUUCAA